AUGAAUAAUGACACGAACAAAGGCAAGAGAUACAGACGUAAGCAUCAAGGCUAUAGUCGGUUUCACCGUCUAGACCCUUUCAUCGACUCUGAUGGGAUACUUAGAGUAGGUGGACGUCUCACAUGUGCUAAAGGUUCCUAUGAGAGUAAGCAUCCAGUUAUUCUACCCAAAAAACACCAUAUCACGGAGCUGAUAAUAAGACAUUGCCACAUUCAGACAGCCCAACAGGAUCGAGGCAUGACCAACAACCAGUUGAGGUCAAGCGGUUUAUGGGUCAUAUCUGGGAGCUCGACGAUCUCCAGAUUCAUUAAUGAGUGUGUCACCUGCCGUAGGCUACGCGGUGAAUCUCAGUGGCAGAAGAUGUCGAACCCGCCAAAGGACGAUUUGAACCUUCACCACCCUUCACAUACAGCUGCAUGGAUGUUUUUGGUCCUUGGGUGA